GCUUUCUUCACAUUCAAAUUGAACACCAUUCAACCAGCCGCCGCCGCCGCGAUGGAUUUCGUGAAUGACCUCAUCCAUGGCAAAGGAACGAUCCAAUUGCGCGUGGACAAGCCAUACUACACGUCUGGAGAUGUGAUCUCGGGAUCGCUCCUUGUCGACAUCCGCAAGAGCAUCGACUGCACCGAGGUAGUUGUGUUCGUUGCGGGAAAGGAAAAGGUGUCGUGGUCCGAAGAUCACACCCGCACAGUGCAUGGAGAAAGCCGCACAGAGAAGCGAUGGUAUACGAACAGCCGAGCUUUCUUCAAACACAAGGUGCGCAUACGCUGGGCCGUUCCCUCCUCACACACCGCGCUCUCGCAGAUCGUGUUGUUCAACGUCCAGCAUGCACUGCCACCCGGUCAAUACGUGUACCCGUUCGCGUAUCAACUCCCGUUUGGGCUGCCGGGGUGCUUCGACAACCAUGGCGCGGAAGGAGUAAAGGCCAAGAUCGAGUACUCCAUCAAAGGCGCGGUCUGCGUCGACGGAUUUUUCAAUCGAGAUCUCAAGAAGAAGCAGUGUUUGACUGUCUACUCGCAACUGGCCGGCUACGUCGCGCCCAGCUUUGACCAGAAGGUGCAGACGGUGCGGCUCUUGUGCUGCAUCCCUCAAGGGAAAGCGACGCUGCGUGUUGCGAUGGACAAAAAUAUGUAUGGCCCAGGAGAGAUCCCUCAAAUCCAGUGCGACAUCCAGAACCACUCGAAGCGCGACAUCCGAUCCAUGAAAUGCCAUCUCCGCCGCUCGACGGUCGUCGUGGGCUCGGGGAAGCGCCGUGUGCUCACAAAGACCAUCUGCACGGCAAAGUUUCCGGGGGUGCCCGCCGGCAUGUCGAUCUCGCAACCACAAUCGUUUCAACUGACGGGCGAAGGCAUGUACCCCAGCACACUGGCGUCGUUCAUCACAGUGUCGUACACCAUUGAUAUCGUGUGCGACUUUGCGUUGUGUCCGGACGUAAAGCUCAAGCUCCCUAUAGCGCUUGGCGCGCCAACUCUGCUCGUGGCGCCGGCCGCGUCCGCACCACCGUAUGUGCCUGCAAUGGCCGAAGCGGUUCCACUUGCCAAGGAAGCCGAACUGACCACCGAUAACAUGCCACUGGCAAAGCAAGUUGCCUAACAACAGGAAAUAUAGAUUCAUGCGAUUCAAUGAUCCA